GGGGCUAGGUGCGCGUGCGCGGUCCUAACACUCCUCCCUAAACUGCCAACUCUUCGCGCAAGCGAAGUAGGGCCUCUCUUCCUGGUAUUACGCGUGCGUACUGACGGGGCUGACCCCGGAAGACCGUACGCCUGCGCAGUGGGAACUCCGGUGACAGAUUCCCGGGUGGGGAGCAGGCCAGUCAUGGCGGAGCCUUGGCCCGGACAGGCAUUGCAAGCCCUGCCCGCCACGGUGCUGGGUAUGCUAGGUUCCCUGGGCAGCGAGUUCCUCCAGGAGUGGGAGGCGCAGGAUAUGCGCGUAACCCUCUUCAAGCUGCUGCUUCUGUGGUUGGUGUUAAGUCUCCUGGGCAUCCAGCUGGCCUGGGGUUUCUACGGGAACACGGUGACCGGGUUGUAUCACCGCCCAGGUCUGGGCGGCCAAAAUGGAUCCACACCAGAUGGCUCUACUUACUUCCCUACUUGGGAGAUGGCAGCAAACGAACCUGUCAAAACUCACAGAGAAUAAGGGAAGACAGCAGCAGAAGGGUCUCCAGAGUCAUCAUUCGGUCUGCUGGCUCCUAGAUCCUGGGGGAUGACUGCAGAGGGCUCAGGGUUGGGGGCAGAAAGUAACUCAGUGCUCGCAGGGCAUGCCUCAAUUGCCUUUAGCCUUGUUGUACAGGGCAAGUGAAGAGCUUACCUCUCCCCUGGUCUCAGUGCCUUAAGGAGAGAUGACCGAUUCUCUCAGGGGUUAGAGCUCCAGAGAAGCCUUUCAGUUGGGGAAGUUACUAGUCCCUGUUCUGUCUUGGCUUUUUUUUUUUCCUGUCCUUUGCAUCCUUGUGCAGAUGUGACCCUAUAGGGAUUUGUCCUUCUCAGAAAAAGCCUGGAGUUGACCAGUUCUGUGGUUUGUAAGGGAAAUCUGUUCUCUAAGCCCUGAAUUUCCAUGGCUUUGCUUUGUUGGCAAGGGAGCCAGGUCAUCCUAGCCUAGGCUAAGUAGGCCAUCUACUGUAUGGUUACUUAGCUGACUAGGCAUAAGGCAAAAGUCUUUUUAUUGGCAUUAUCCAGAUGGAGGCACCAAACACCCACCUCUCUGGCCCAACUAGAGCUCCAGGCAUAAGCCAGGAAAAGGAAACUUAUUUCCCAACUUCUUUUCAUCUUGGGGGAGAGAUAGGUGCCUGGAAAAAAAAAAAAAAAAAAAGAGGAAACUCACAAAGUAAGCCUCUGGGGUAGCCUUCUAGUCCCCUCAUUUAGGUGCCAGAUUUUGGGGUCUUUACCUUACCCCCUCACAGGGAGAUCCUGAGCCAUUAGUGCAGAGUAACUCCAUCUUGCCCUACAGCCUCGUCCAUUCCCAUCUUGACGAAUAACAGCCUCACUCCAAGAGCCCACUAGCAACAUUUUAGCCCCUGGCACCCUCAAAAGAAAGAGUCAAAGACCCAGGCACAGCUUCACCUGGUCGAGACUCCCGUCAACCAGUGGGUUAGAGGACGUUCCAAAGGGGGAGGGAGCAAAUGCCCCCCAGAGAUAUGCCACUUCCUGUCGUCCCAAAGGCAUUGUGUGUCCCUGCACCACCUUAGCUGUGCUUUGUCUGCCUGUCUUUGCUGGACCUCCAGCUACCUUGCUGUCCUUACUGCCUGCUCGUUCUGUAAGAUGUCACACAUUAUCCCCAUCGGGCAGCCUCUGACCAGGCAGACUUGGUGGCAGGCGCACUGGGAGCAAGAUGGCAAUGAACACCCCAUGUCCACAUACCUCCUCCAGAGUCCUCCUUGGGCUAGGAGGAAGAUGUUCUUCAUAGCCUCAGGCCCAUCCACCAAGACCACCACACACAAUCAGGAUCUCACAUUGCACCCCAGGCUCAACUGAAGAUGUGGCUUAUUAAACACAGAAAUGCAA